AUGGCGCCAACUCCUGAAUCCGCCGCUUUCCUCGCGAAGAAGCCAACCGUUCCUCCGACGUUUGAUGGUGUUGACUACGACGACACCAAGAGGUUGAAGCAAGCUCAGGACGCGAUUAUCAGAGAACAAUGGGUGAAGAGCAUGAUGGCGCGAUUGGUUAGGGAGGAGCUUGGGAAAUGUUAUUACCGGGAGGGGGUGAACCAUUUAGAAAAGUGUGGAGUACUACGAGAACGAUAUUUCGAGCUGUUGAAGGAGUCCAAGAUUCGGGGUUACCUAUUCGAGCAGGGGAACUAUAUUCCAAAACAGUAG